AUGUCCCCUUCAGGAGGUACCACAAUUCCUUCAGGAGUUGAGUUCCCUUCACAGCGGAGGGAGCGAAUAGACUGGCACAAACUAGCCUCCAUUGACCUCCAUGACCUGACCUUGGGGUGUCCUAUAGAGGUCCUGCAAGAGAACCUAACCCAAAUUGCAUUCUGUGAUGCUGAGACAGAGUUUGACCUCGGGACCGUGUCGGGACAGAGAAACCUUUUGAAAAUGUUCCGCCUGUCCCAGCUCACGGUGCAGUAUUUGUUCAUGUCACAGGAUUUCAUGGAGACACAGCUGAAGGAGGUACAAGAAGAGGCCCAGCAGUUAUCAGAGAAGUAUCAGCAGGUAAAGACCAAGUUACUACAGCAGGUGGAGGAGGCCAAGAAGAUGAAGGCCACCAACAAAAACAUGAGGGAGACAGUCAAGCAAAUCAACUCCUUUGCCAUUGCCAAUGGGAUAUUCCAAGCUGUGAAGUGUCCGCAGUGCCCGAAAACCUUCCGCAGUAGUGAGUUCCUACAGUCACACCUCUGGAGGAAGCACCCAAACCAAGCAGCUUCAGUUACUAUUCCACAGGCUGCCCCUACCAUUAUGCCAUCACCUAUCAGCCCUGCACAUGUCACUCUAGUCCCUUCCUCAGCUACUAAUCAUACUAUACAGGGUCAUACACAAGGUCCUAUGCAGGGUCCAAGUCCUGAUGUGGGGAUCAGGACACAGGAGACUGCAAUUAGUGCCCCUUUGCCUCCUCCAGCUGCCUCCAAAGUGAAUGAUGUGGACUCCUACAGACUAAACGAGAUCGAGAGGAAAUGUGAUACGAUGGGUGACAACUUGCUGCGACUGUUUAGGGAGUUGGAGGAGCAGAAGAGGAUCCUGGAGGCAGACCACAGCAGGAAGCAGGAGGAAGUGAAGAAAGCCUGGGAGGAGAAGAAGAACAUGAAGGAAUAUUAUGAGGCACAGCUGGACAAGUUGAGUACACAGAUAUCACAGCUGCAGAGUACAAGUGUGGCCUGUAUUUCCCCUCAGCCAGCCAAUGAGGAGAUCAGAGAGCUGGUGAGGCGGCAGGAGGAAGAGGUGAAGCGGCUACAGGAACAGAUUGAGACUAAUGCUGCUGAGAACAGGGUGGAGGAGAUCAGGGGGCUUGAGGAUGUUGACGGUCUGUCCGAGGAACUUCAAGAACUCAGAAGCCAACUUCGCCAGCAGGAGAGGAAGCACAAGAAGUCCCUGAAGGAGAUGCAGGAGUCCCUUCAGAGGAGCUAUGAGGAGGCCCUCAAUGCCGAGAAGGACAAGCUCCGAGACAUGAUGAAGGACAUGGCACAAGGGGAGACACCAGUGGCAGUCAUACACAAACCUCCACCAUCUCCAAAAACUAAGCCCAAAAAACCACCCACACCGAACCUAGCCACAAGACCCUCAGCAAUACCUCGCAUAGACUCCCUGCCCUCCACACCUGCACCACAGACCACAAGGGAGGCGAGAGGUACAGCACAGCAACAGCACAGACCUGUAGCCCCACAGCACCACCACAUGGAUGCUGAGGACACGGAGAGUGAGUCUGAGUCCAGGAGUGAGACAGACACUUCUUACUGGAACCAGAAUGAGCUGAAGGUGAAACCACUUCAGAUCACCAGUGUAGGGAUGGACAAGGGCAAGGUAGACAUAGAAGGCACCAGCAGCCACAACAGAGAGUCCUCCAGUGAGUCAUCAAUGGAGUCAGUGGAGGGGAGGGAGAGUCAGACAGAGAGUGAAGUGUCCUCAGAGUCCCUCCACCUGGAAGCACUACUGAAGGACAACCCAAAGCUGUGGGGACAGAUGAAGGAUGCCACAACAGAUGUUCUUGCAUCCCGCCUGGCAUCCAUGGGCAUUGACCCUUCCUCCAAGAGCAUCAAGACUGACACCCUUACUGCCUGCCUCUCCCAGCUGAGGAAGGACAGGAGGAAUCUUGAGAGAAAACAUGAGAACUUCUAUGACCUGAGGAAGAGACUGGAAAACGAAGUGAAGAUGAAGGUCGAUGACAAGAUAGACGACGUCGACACUGAUGACACACAAGACGACCGGCCAUCCAGGGCAGCCAGUGGCAAGAGGUCUCGGAUGCUGACACGAAUGGUGAGGAAUGUGCAGUCCAAGGUGAAGGAGCGCUCCAGGGCCCUCUCGUCAUCCGUGUCUAAAACAGGGACAUCUGUACGGUCUGGAGUGCGGGACAUGUUCCUGGCAAGCAGUAGGAAUGGUGACAGUGUGCACAAGAUAUCAGGCGGCCAUGGGAAGAUUGAGGAUAUGACAGGACAGGGAAGUUCAGAGGAGAAGAGCUCUGUGGCAUCUGAGGAUGACUCCAGCAGCGCAAGAGUUGAAGUGCAUCACGAGACUCUCAGAUCAGUGAAAAGGAACCUAUUCUCGGGACCCAGCAUGGCAUCAAGCUCCAGUACACACCCUGGCCACUCCUCAGGGUACUUUGACAACAAGACAUAUGGGGAGGAGGAUGAGGAGAGCAGCACGGGAUGGGAAUCAGAGCCAGAGUAUGAGAACAUGAAGGAGGAGCCACCCAAGAGAAGCGACAGCCUACAUCUUUCCCUGGACUCUGCUGACCUGCACAGCACCCCAAGGGACAUCUGGCAGCCCACUGAGGAACCACAGCCUAUCAAGGUCAAGCGGCCAACUGGGGAGAAAGUCAGUGACCUUACUCGCACCAUUGAGCAGCAGCUGAGUGGCCGGAGGAAGUCAAAGAUGGCAGGAGCAGUUGACAUCACUAAAAGCUUUGAAGCGUCUUCCAGCAGUGCUGUGGGGAGACCCAGCACAUCAGGCUACCCCAUGAGUGGUGCCAGGAGGACCAGCACCCCACAUGACCCCACACUCAGUCCACAUGAGCUUCAGAGUGCCAGCGAGUCUUCCAACACCAUCGGCACUAGUAUGUGGGGGUCAAGUGAGGUCAUAGCCAAAGGUUCAGGCAAGGUUAAGCAGCCAAGGCCCUCCACCAGUAAGGUCACAGUGCAUUCCUGGGACUCAGAGGAGGACCUGGACAUUAGUGACCUAGAAUAACCUAAGACUUGGACUGAUUUGUAGAAUAACUUUGAAUUACUUGAAAUUAUCUUAAAUGCUCUAGAAUAAGUUGGAAUGACCCGAAAUGACCUGUAUUUCUCUUUUCUAGGGAAGAUUCUAUUUCUGUGCUCUACAUUCUUGACUCAGUGUUGAAACUUUUUUUUUAUUAUUAUAUUCCCAAAGAUUAAUGUAGGAUAUUAAUAAUGGGAGAUGUGUGAGUGAAGAGGGGAUGGUAAUUAAUGAAUGAGUAGUUGCUUCCAUAUUGUUGCCUAUUCAUUACUACUUCCAAAAUUGUACUAAAAGUUUACUAUAUUUCUGGUAAUGAAAGAAUGUUGUGGGUUUUGAUAAGUGUAUGUAGCUACUGUAGUGUAUUCCUUGUAUUUUUGUACCAAUGAUUUUUAUAUAUUUUUUAUUCAUGUAUUUAUUUAACUAAAUCAGAAUUUCCUCAUAUUUUGCAUCAGUAACUUGUUGGUUUUAGUUAUUUAUUUACCUGUUCAUUCAUCACUUCCUCAUAUUUUGUAACACUGCAGCACACUACUACACCACAUUAUAGCACACACUGUACCACACUACCCUAUCACACCA